UGACAAAUGUCAACAGCCCACAACGUUUUCACCUCCGAACAACCGGUGCUUACGGGGUCCCGUUUCUUGGAGAGGCGUUAUGCCUCCUUCCUCCUAACGCCGUCAAACUCCCUCGUUUAACGCCGUCAAGCAUGAUCACUAUCGUCAUCUUUGAGAAACGCAAAAAUCCCUGCAGACAGGUCUCGAUUCUGAUCUUUUUUUAUAUUGAUUUGAUCAUGAGAGUGGUUUCUUUGAGCUCGCUCUUUCUCACUCUCGUCUCCACUCUUCUACUUCAAUGCCUGGGAGAAAUAGAGCAAGCUAGCUCACCACCAAGAGGUUGGAACUCGUACGAUUCGUUUUGCUGGACGAUUUCUGAAGAAGAGUUCCUGCAAAAUGCUGAACUUGUGGCUCAGCGCCUCCGUACACAUGGAUUUGAGUACGUGGUGGUGGAUUAUCUUUGGUAUAGGAGGAAAGUGAAAGGAGCUUAUGUUGAUUCUCUGGGAUUUGAUGUUAUUGAUGAAUGGGGAAGGAUGAUGCCUGACCCGGAUAGAUGGCCUUCAUCCAGAGGUGGUAAAGGGUUCACGGAAGUGGCUAAGAAAGUUCACGGCAUGGGUUUGAAGUUCGGAAUUCAUGUCAUGAGAGGUAUCAGUACACAGGCAUUCAAUGCGAACACACCUGUCCUGGAUGUCACGACGGGCAAAGCUUAUGAAGAGUCCGGCCGGCAGUGGAGAGCUAAAGACAUAGGAAUGAAGGAGAGGACUUGCGCAUGGAUGAAAAAUGGUUUCAUGAGUGUGAAUACCAAAUUGGGGGCUGGAAGAGCAUUCUUGAGGUCACUGUAUCAACAAUAUGCUGAUUGGGGUGUUGAUUUUGUUAAAAAUGACUGCGUAUUUGGAGCGGACUUUGAUCUAGAUGAGAUAAGCUAUGUUUCAAAGGUUUUGACCGAACUUAACCGCCCGAUCCUGUAUUCCUUAUCUCCUGGAACUAGCGUGACACCAGCAAUGGCGAGGGACGUAAACAAUCUUGUCAACAUGUACAGAAUUACAGGGGAUGAUUGGGAUACAUGGGGAGAUGUUGCUGCCCAUUUUGAUAUUUCUAGGGAUUUUUCUGCUGCUAAUAUGAUUGGAGCUAAAGGACUACGUGGCAAGUCCUGGCCGGACUUAGAUAUGCUUCCGUUUGGAUGGCUUACUGAUCAAGGUUCAAAUGAAGGCCCUCAUAGAAAAUGUAAUCUCAAUCUUGAUGAACAGAGAUCUCAGAUGACCUUGUGGUCAAUGGCUAAGUCUCCUCUCAUGUUCGGAGGAGAUAUGCGACAGCUUGACGAUGCAACGUUCAGUCUACUCACAAAUCCUACUCUCUUAGAGAUAAACUCCUUCAGCUCAAACAAUAAGGAGUUUCCCUAUAUUACAAACAAAAAAUGUCGUUUUCGUCGAGUAAGAAAUCGUCCAUUCACAUGCAAAUCAAGAUAUCUAGAAAGAAACAGUGUCAUGGGCGCCCUUGCUUUAGGCCUCACUAGCUGCAAAGAUGUCGAGGCAAGAGGCUGGUCACCUAAAGCUAUUGAUGAUGAUGAUCUUGAUCAAGUCUGCUGGAAAGAGAAAUCAAGGAGUGGAGAUCAAGAGCCAUUUUGCCUAUACAAAAGAAAACCUCUUCUGUCAUCAGAAGAAUACCUGACAUAUAAAAACCACUAUGACGGCAAAAUCCAUCUACUGGCAACCAAGACGACCGAGUCUUGUCUUGGUGCUUCUAGAAAUCAAAAGCUUACUUCCAAAGAAUCAAAAAGUGGUUCAUUUUCACCUUGCGGAUGGGAUGUCAACCAGAUGUGGGAGUUGAAGCAUAAUGGUACCCUGAUGAAUAGCUAUUCCGGUUUAUGUGCAUCUAUGCGGCAAGUAAAAGCUAAUUCUGGUCCCAAUGGAGUUCGUGCUUGGGUUGCAACGGGAAGAAGAGGAGAAAUCUACGUUGCGUUCUUCAAUUUGGAUGACAACAAGGCUGUGGUGUCGAUGAGGAUGGACGACUUGGCUAAGGCUUUUCCUGGUAAAAAUUUCAGCACCGUUUCAUGCAAAUGCAGAGAAGAAUGGAGUAAGAAAGACUUUGGAGUUGUAAGAGAUACACUUUCUACCCAAGUAGAAAUCCAUGGAUGUGCUCUUUUUGUCCUAAACUGCACUUAUACCUAACAAGACAAUGCUAUUUCAUGGCUGUCUGAAAUCUUGAUAUGUAUUAGUUUUUCCCCCUUCCCUCCUGUUAUGUUUGGCCAUCAACAUAAGGUUGAGUUGACAUCACAUUUCUUCAAUAAACGAGAGGUUUUGGGUUCAACUCUAAGUUGUCGCACUCCUGUUAUAAUAAUAAUGAAAAUAAAAUGGCUCUUGUUUAGAUCGAUU